GACAUUCCUUUUACGGGGCAAAGAUGGCAGAACCCCGUUGUGGAUUAUUUUUGGCGAUUGUUCCGCUGCUAUCAGCCGCGCCACCACAGCGCUCCCCCAGAUUCAGUGCGGAACACGAUCUCGUCACUUCUUAAUGUAUCCGCACCAUAUUUGGCACAACGGAAUAAUUCGUUCCAGAGGCAGGGCAGUAGUAUUUUUGACACAGAUUCUAUCAAAUUAGGGGAAUAUGGACGUAUAGAAUUUUUGAACAACUUUCAUGAGCGACCUUUUCUUUAAUUUGUGAAAAGACAUCUGGUAUUCAUCAUUCCUAACUUCUGGGGAAUCGCUACAGCUUCGUGAAGAAAAGUUUUUACGACUAGCUAAUAGGGGAAAUUCUGGAGCAUGGCGCACAGAAGAAAGAAUUCACAUCCUUUGUGUAAACAUAAGAGAAUUUCGGCUGUGUUGGAUUUGCUGUCUGCGAAAUCUCGCCAAGAGGAUACCAAAAAUGACAAGGACAAAGCAAUUCUUAUGGAAAGACCAGGAGUCAGUAGCGCGACCCCUGGCGGGAAGAAUGAGGAGGGAAAAUUGGAUAUCCCGGAUGACCUCUUGAAAGACUUCUUGGCGCUAAGGAGUGCCACCAACUUGGGCACAGCAGACCUCAUGAGGAAAUUAAUCAACGAUUACUCCAAACCACCCAGCAGUGACGCCAAGGAGCAGACAAAGCCAUCUGAUACGCAGACUUUGAGUGAAUACUAUCAACAGGACCAAGAUGCAUACGUCAUCACUCAAAAUAGACGGUCACCUGACCGGGACUAUUCACCGGAUAAAGAUCACACACAGCCAACAAUUCCAAUGGAGGACGGUGACGUGCACUGUUCUAUGACGUCAGCACAGUUCAACGAUGGUUACACGUAUCUAUACGACACAAAGAGUAUGGAGGAAUCAGUCCAUUCUAACUUGGAACAAACGCCAGGAAUUGAAAACAGCAACGACGUUUAUUCCGAAGAUGACAAUGAAAAGGAUGGGCUUCAGGUAAAAUUUCAAAAUGGCGCUGUUACAAUAGAAGGUACAAAAUAUAAUCCAAAGAUCCACAUGGAUACCCCAGAAACAGUGAACAAGGGCCCACCCCCGCCUUAUCCAUUUGUUAGUAUGCACACUGGCACCACUGGAAUGAUCCCUGGUGGAAUGGGACCAGGUGUUCCAGUUCUACCCGAACAUGUCCCCCCUGAAGUUCUCGCCAUGAUGAACUCUGCCCAAAUCAAUCCCAUGAUUAGCGGUGGAAUUUCCGAAUGUGAGUCACUAGAGGGAAACAUCACAGGAUGUUCUCCAACCGAAGCUUUGCAACAUGACAGAAUACGAAACCAUUUGGAGGAUGGUUCGCCUUUAGACACUACGCCAGAGAAUGCAACCCCUCGUCUUUGGACUCCAUUGCCAAGCAAAAGACCUUAUGUUCACUCAAAAAAGAAAAACUUAGAAAAGGGCAAAAUGAAAUUAAUCGCAGAAAACACAUCGAACCAUGGCGUUUAUACAAGUGUCUUGAAGUUACCAUGGAGUAAACGUACGCGAACUCCAAAAGUAGAUUCAGGGAAACAUUUGCAAUUUGCAGCUCUUCAGAACACAAAAAUGGAAGAUUCUAAUGCUGUAUCACUGGGUUCUCCCCAGAAUCUUGAACAGGAGACUGUUUGCAAACAACCACGACUGCAUGAGCAAGCAGGCAUUCAACAACAGGCGAUUCCAUCGAAUCCAAAUCAACCGUCGAUUGUAUUCUUCCCUCUGCCCACGGGAAACCUGCCAACAUCUCAAGGAAUCUUUAUACCCACUCCCACCUUUCCCAGCUCAAUGUCCGGACCCAUGCCCGGACCUGUACCAGUGGAUCCACAUGUUGCAGCUGCUCAGUCUAUGAUGAUGGUAUACCCAAAUACCAACCUCAACAGUCUUGGGAAACCCGUGCGAAAGCGUGGCAGACCCCCCAAAAUCCCCUCCAUGUCUAGAGUUGUUCCUGAAGAUAAACAAACCAAGUAUGAUUCCAAUUAUCCCACGUUCAUACCACAACCUUUCCCGCCAGCAGCAAUUGUUCUGAACGUCAAUAACAUGCUCAAUACAGGUAACAACGUAACAGCAUCAAACACGAUAAGUAACAACCUGUCUCAGUGUGAAGUUAGCAGUUCUACAACACAAGAUGUGCAAAACAUGACCUCUGCUGCACCACAAAAACAUGACUCGUCAAUGCUAUCCGGGGGAUACCCUAAUGUACAAAAUCCCAGCACACCGACAGGUCUCAUGAAUGUUGACAAAAAACCCAGUCCACCUCUACAACACAAUCCCCCAAUUCUUCCAAAACCAGAAUCUAAGCAAAGCUAUGUUCCAUCGACAAUGAAUGCUGAUCCUUUAAUGUCGAACCCCACAUCUUCAUCUGAGAUGAAAAUGGUCACAACUACUGCCAUGGCAAACGCGUCUACUGGGGCCUUAUAUCAGGAAAUGGUCUUAUCUUCCAAGUCUUUGGUAAGCGUGAGGCCACGAAGACGACAAAGCACAUCAGAAUAUCUCAGGUCAAAAUCGUCUGAUCAAAAUUUUAUCUGUACGUCCUUUCGUCUGCGAUCUUUGUCUGCUGCAAAGAAGGAUAAGAAAAUGAGCCAGUAUGUUCCAGGAAUGAAACGUCGAGGACGUCCACCAAAAAAGCGAUUGGAGAACAUGUUUGAAGGACAAAUGGUGGAAGUAAAUCAGAGCGAAAUGGAUGACUUCAACCGUCAGAAUAUGAUAAAUCUGCAGAAAAUUAGGGAACAGAGGGAGAAUCAUAUGUCUAGUAUGGUUGAUACAAAAUCCAGCAGUGGUUUACCAAAUCCUGGAUUAUCUGGAAAUGAUAGUUCGUUUUCUGAUGGUCCGAAUAAAAAAGAAAAUUCGGAACGUGGAAAAGUGGCAGAGGGGGGUGGUAGUGAUGAUACGCAGUCGUACAGCCCUGUCGGUUCUCCCAACAGUAUGGGGUACUAUGAGUUAGAACAUGGAGAGGUAGAGCAAAACGAACCUAAUGAAAUGUUUCAUCAACUGUUCCACUGUAAAGUGUGUGAUGAUAUUAUCCCCGUGGAAAAAAAGGACGAGCAUUAUCUAAAACAUUCAAAAGGCAAUAACUUUUGCGGAACAUGUGGUUCAGUAUUCCAAAGAGUAGUUUGUAAUGAUGCUAAUGGGGAUUCUGUUGAACUUUUGAAGUGUGAAAAUUGCGAACAAGCUGCACAAAAUGACAGCCAGGGACCAGCUAUAUUCUGUCCAGAUUGUGGUGAGUCUUUCAGCAAUCCAUUAAUCCUCAAACACCAUCGACAACUUGAGCACCCAAGUCUUCUCAAAUCUCAGCAGGAUUCCUAUUUCCGGUGCAAUGACCUAACGUGUGGCAAAGCCUUCCGCACCAAGUACGACCUUCGAGCCCACGUGGUACGUCGUCAUGAUGGAAAUCAACAAGUAUUUUGUAUUUAUGAUGGAUGCAGUAAAAAAUUUCAAAAUGAUCUGCAUCUUCAAGAACAUAUAAAAUUCAAACACCUACAGAAAAACUCUGCAAAAGCGUACAAGUGCACAAAACCCGGAUGUGAAAAAGAAUUCGAGAGCGAACGACACCUGAAUAUCCAUCAUUUGAUUCAUCGUGACGAAAAGCCAAUGAAAUGCCAGCUAUGUGAUUACAGAUGUCGUCAACAGUCGGCUUUAGUAUGGCAUGUGAGAAAACACCACCCAGAGGCUGUUCCGUCCCACGGUCCUGGGGGCCCCGGAUCCUCGGAAAGUUCGGGGCAAGACGACUUCAAUGGAAGAGAAAACGAAGAGGAAGAAGAGGACACUCAGUGAUCCCUUACGUCUUAAUGACGUAACAAGAUAAUGACGUAAUAAGAUAAUUCGUAGAAUGCUACAUGUACAUAUAUUGUUUCAUAUCAUGCAAAGAAGGUUUAUAUUUCAUGAUGACGUUGCAAAGGAUUCAUGGAAUCUUAUGAGUGAUUGAUUUCAUAUCAUGCAAGGACAGUUCCUUUCCAGUUUAUAACAUGGCCUAAUUAACUAAUUGAUUAACCAAGUAACUAAUACUAUGCAAUAACGAGCAUUAAUCUCAAGGUGAUGAAAAAAUACAAUGUAAUGAUUUACAUGCGUCAGUCAAUAAAACAUUUUUACACACGCUA